GUGAAAACUCGAAAAAGCAAAUUGCACUUUAAUAUAGUGUUGUUCGUAUCAGAUCAGUACGUAUUUUAUAUUCGUUUGCAAAGAGUUUAGAUAGUGUGGCAUGCGAAAAGUAUCAAACGUACCGUGGUGAUCGCUAUAAUAUCACAAGAUCGAAUAAACGAUGAUGAAGACUUGUUUGUCUGUAGCUAUACUUCUUGCAUUAACCGCUUAUGGCGAUGCAUUUAACGUUGGCAUUGAAGAACGAUUUAGUUUUUCAAAUGUUGUUCACGUGGGAAAUGCUAGAAAUGCGACCAUUAAGACAGGAUACCAUAUUCGUGCUACGGUCAUUGUUGGUGCCGUAUGGGGAGAUGAUGAAGUGAAACUUUUGAAAAUAAAGAUCGUGAACCCAACAGUUCUUAGCAUACCAGAGAAUAAAGCCGGCCACUUCGAACGGACAGAGCAAACAUUCUACGCUUUGUGGAACUCAGGCCAUAUUCGUAGUAUUCACUUCUUGCCUUCCGAUGCCUCAAUUCCGGUCAGAAACUUCAAAAAGGCUAUCGCGGCGCUUUUUCAGUACCAGUUAAUGGACGGAACAUUCGAGGAAGAUGAUCCCUCUGGACGCUGCCUAGCAAAAUACAUUUCACAUUCAUCGACACGCUAUCACAAAUUUAAAAGUGAUUGCCAAUACCACGCUAAACGUAUCGAGCGCGAAGAAUACCCACUGCGUAGCAGUAUCAAUACAUCGCGCAGUGCGGAAUUUACCGUUUCGUCAGACGGUGCAUUACAGAAGGUGAUCAGUCAAGACUAUGUCAAGUAUAUGCUUAAUGCUCAAAACCAAUUAGGUGCAUACUAUGAAUCGAUUAUGCGGCUCGAUGUGGAGGAAAACGCACAGCAAAUCGAUAUUCUAGAGGGCUCUAGUUUGAAAGACAUCAUGGCGCAAUUGGAUUUAGACAAUGAUACUCUUGUGACCAACUCAGAGCAUCGCUCCGGUUGUGGAAAUGAUCAAUGUGACGAAAUUAUUGAGAUGUUCAAACAAUACAGAAAAUCACUGCUGAAUGACAACAUUGGAAAAAAAGAAUCAUCUUCUGCACUUGUCGCACUCGUGAACGUUGCACGCACGUCGACGACAGAGGUUUUACGACGUCUCCUUGAAACCAAAACCUCGUUUAAGUUUAAAGGACAAUUGAUGGAUCUAUUGGGCGCUGCACAGACGCUAGCCUCGCACAACGCUGCUAAACCAGAGCUGAAAUACGAUUCGGAUGAGGAGUUGUUUCUUUCUGAGCGAUACCUUCAGGCACUGGCUAUCGGUACACGACCGCGCAAAGAAAUCAUAGAAGAUUUACUAGAAAUGGCCCAAAAGGAGACCAAAUCGGAAAAGUUUGCGGAUAGCCUCAUUCAAUGUCUUGCUUCUAUGACGCGGUGCUUCGCUCUGCUUGAGGAACAUUCUUACGAAUCCGUUACCGUCAAAAAGGUGGUUAGUUUUUUUACCGAACGGUUAAAAAUUUGCCGGAAGGAUCCAUGUAAGCUAAAAUACAUACGAGGAUUGCAUAAUCUAAAGUGUCCCGAAAGCGCUGACUUGUUGGUUAACCUGGCACAAGAAGGUUCUAGUACGGUUAGUGUCGCGGCCAUGAAGGCGUUGCGAUCAUUCUCAGUGUAUUUAUGGAACGAUGAGUUUAGAGCAAAGUUUGAAGACAUUUUCUUCCAGGUGUCUAAGCCGUACGAUUCUAGCGCACGAAUAUUAGCGCUAGACAUUCUAUUGGAUUCAAAACCAAAUUAUUUAGAGUUAGCGCACUUAGUGCAAUUUCUCAAAUCAAAAGAUAAGGCGUAUGAGUUAAAGCAAUAUCUUCUGCAGAAGUUACGACUGUUGUCGGCUCAGUGUUCAGACUUCGCUGUCAUUCUGGAAAAGGUAAUCGAAAGCGAUCACUCUAUCAAGAACUAUCACGUACUGGGUCCCAGAGGUCUUUCAACUGCGCUAAGUCGAACGUUUUCUACUAACCCAUCAUUUAAUGCAUCGCUGACAAGCUUGCAGGAAAUGAAAGGAGGUGUCCUUAAACGCGGCAUCGUCGAUCUCACACUCGACGUCACUGAUGAACGAACAAGUUUGUUUACACUUGGUCUUUAUACUGGAGGACUUUCUUCCUUCGCAAGCAAUAACGGGGACGAUUCAGAUGGCUCAAACGACGACGAGGAAACAAUUGGCGGCAUGGAGUUGUCAGUGCAAGGGACGGUAAUGAGACCGUUACAAUUUUUUAACGGAAAAGGAGAACUUAUGGGUCAUAUUUGGAGCGGAACGGCUUCGGAACCAACACCAGCCUACCAGGCGACAACGUUGUUACAGGACAAUGAAGAAAUUUUUCCAACGCACAAUGGUGGUACAUUGAAGCUGACGGCAACUGGUGCUAUAUCAAUUGAUCUCAAUGGGCAAGUAAGCAUAAGUAUCUGGAGUCAAAAAGCAAAUUGCAAAGUCGAGCAAAACACGGCCAUAACUAUGGCGGGAGAAUUGAGCUUGGAUACAUUGUUUGCCUCAUCAGCUGUGCGAUUUAGCGCAAACCAGGAGCCCAAAUUACAUCUUAGCGCAGCUCUAGAUUUUUCCGGUGAUCCGGCACUGUGCAUGCAACUAUCUCAGCCAAGCAGUCACCUCGAGCUUCUAUUCGAACGGUCUAUUUUACUAAAGGGAACAACACAUCCAGUUAUACAAAAGACUUCGAAAACGUACCAUCUCAACGGAUUAACUCACGCUCUCAAUAGAAAGAAUAGCGAAAUGUGCAAUUUAAUUGAAAAAGUCUGAUCACUUACUUGACGAAGAGGGAUAGUGUGGAGCAAUUUCUAUCACAGAAACGAAAUCUAUCAUCGAAGCUAAUUUUCUAAACAUGCUAGUCUCAUACGUCAUCGUUCGGGAUUCCGAUAAUUCCUAAACAAAUGCUUCAAUAAACGUUUCCUGUAGUAUAAACAACA